CCCCUCCGCGGCGGCCGUAGCCUCGCAAGUCGCUGGGGUGAGGUGGGGCAAGAGUUCCCCCGGCACAUCGGCGCUGCGCCCGACGGUUGGCAACCUGUUCCCAGCCAGCGGGGACGGGUUUGUGACAGCCAGUCGUCUGGGGGAGGGGGACUUGUUUUUCUUUCCCUCUAGAGACCUCGGCUUGCAACUGGAUAAAGCAGUAAAGAAAGGAUGUGAACAGGCAGAGCAACUGUUACCAAGAAGGCAACCACCCAAAGGCAGGGAGGAGCGUGGGGCUUCCUCCGGCUUCUCCCAGAAGCCACAUUAAUCAACAGUCAGGUGUGGGUUGCAACUUUUCAAGGACAGCCACCCGGAGCAGCCAUUCUGUCUCCGAGCCUUGGAGGUCUACAGAGCUCGAUUGGAUUUGGCGGAGAGAUGCACAGGACGCCAGACGAGGAAGGAUUGUAGCGGGGAGGGUGACCCCGAGACCCAUCCUUCACAGUCCCCAGAAUCUCCGGCGCUCCGCUGCCUCGGCGGGGAAUCAGUACGUGACAUGUGUCUAACUCUCAGCAACUUAGGCAGCAGGUGUCGGUCCUAAACGCGAGCCGGGGCUGACGGGCGCGCACUCGCUAAGCCAUGCGGGCCCCGGCCGCGCCUCUUGCCCGCACUUCGCGGCUGCUGCUUCUGCUACUGCUCAAGGUUUCUGCUACUUCUGCCCUAGGGUCCGGCCCUGCGCCCAGGAACAAAACUUGUCUGGAAGUGAGCUGUUCCCCUAUACUGAUCCAGCGGCGCAGCAGGGACGGUUGGGAGCUGGGACAUUCUGGCUGCGGUGCGCGCGGCGGCCCCCUGGGACCUCCCGUCCGCCCCGGGCGGUGACCCAGGUGUGGGCAGAGGCGCAGAGGCGUCUGCGGCCGGGCCCUCGGGCCCUCCAGCCAGGCUGUCAGGCGCCUGGAGGUGGAAAGGUGCCCAGGGUCAGGAGCACCCCGGAACUUCGGGAAGAAGAGACCCCAUGGCCCUCCAACUCUUCCUUCAGACCUCAGAGGAGGAAGAGAAGAGUCUUAGAGGCACAGGCAUUUCCGGGCGCGGCCAGGAGCAGAACGUGAAGACCGAUCCCGGUGCCAGCGAUCUCUUUUACCGGCCACGGAGAACCGGGAAACUCCAGGGUUCACACCACAAGCUCCUACCCAAGACGGUCAGUGGGUUGUCGGGACACGCAGGGCGGACAGUUGCACCCCCUGGCAGAGCGCUGGCCCAGAAUGGGUCCUGGGGUGACGAGGUGCACGAGCGCGGGGGUUCCCGCCGGGGAAACAGCACGAACCGGCGCGUGAGACUGAAGAACCCCUUCUACCCGCUGACCCAGGAGUCCUAUGGAGCCUACGCGGUCAUGUGCUUGUCGGUGGUGAUCUUCGGGACCGGCAUCAUCGGUAAUCUGGCUGUGAUGUGCAUCGUGUGUCACAACUACUACAUGCGGAGCAUCUCCAACUCCCUCUUGGCCAACCUGGCCUUCUGGGACUUUCUCAUCAUCUUUUUCUGUCUUCCGCUCGUCAUCUUCCACGAACUGACCAAGAAGUGGCUGCUGGAAGAUUUCUCCUGCAAGAUCGUGCCCUAUAUCGAGGUCGCUUCUCUUGGAGUCACCACCUUUACCUUAUGCGCUCUGUGCAUUGACCGCUUCCGCGCUGCCACCAACGUGCAGAUGUACUAUGAAAUGAUUGAAAACUGCUCUUCAACCACGGCCAAACUUGCUGUUAUAUGGGUCGGCGCCCUGCUGUUGGCACUUCCAGAAGUGGUCCUCCGGCAGCUGAGCAGGGAGGACUUGGGGUUUAGCGGCCGAGCCCCAGCAGAAAGAUGUGUUAUAAAGAUCUCGCCUGAUCUACCGGACACCAUCUACGUUCUGGCCCUCACCUACGACAGUGCCAGGCUCUGGUGGUACUUCGGCUGUUACUUUUGUUUGCCCACACUGUUCACCAUCACCUGCUCUUUAGUGACUGCCAGGAAAAUCCGCAAAGCAGAGAAAGCCUGUACCCGGGGAAAUAAGAGGCAAAUUCAACUAGAAAGCCAGAUGAACUGUACAGUAGUGGCAUUGACCAUCUUAUAUGGAUUUUGCAUUAUUCCCGAGAAUAUCUGCAACAUUGUCACUGCCUACAUGUCGACAGGGGUUUCCCAGCAGACAAUGGACCUCCUUAAUAUCAUCAGCCAAUUCCUUUUGUUCUUUAAGUCCUGUGUCACCCCAGUGCUCCUUUUCUGUCUCUGCAAACCCUUCAGUAGGGCCUUUAUGGAGUGCUGCUGCUGUUGCUGUGAGGAAUGCAUUCAGAAGUCUUCGACGGUGACCAGCGAUGACAAUGACAAUGAAUACACCACAGAGCUCGAACUCUCACCUUUCAGUACCAUACGCCGAGAAAUGUCCACUUUUGCUUCUGUUGGAACUCACUGCUGAAGACCGUCCUUGGUUUGGUCAGGAUUGUUUGCUUGAUUUUCAUAUUCUGUGGAAGUUUUUACUUCAUAUUGUUCCCAAGAGGGAAAAAAGAUGCAAAAAAAUAAAAAUGAAAAACAACAAAGAAAGAAAUGUUAACUCCUAUAGAACUGAUUUUACAAAUUAAUAUUUGUGCUUUGAACACAUGUUUAUAUUUAGAUAUUUAAGAAGAAUGAGAAGGCCAAUAGUUUGAGAUCAGUUUAUCUAGUAUGGUGCUAAUAUUUGAUUUGGAAAAAGUUACUGCACCUUAACUUAAUUAAUUGCUGAAUUUCUUUCUUUCCUUUUAAAAUAUAAUUGUUGUAUAUUGAUUAUAGCCAUGUGACUUUUGUAGGUUGUUUUAUGUUUGAGUUGUGACUGAAAGUACAUUGUAUAUGGUAUUGUGAGAUGAUUUGUACUGAAGCAUCACAAAGUAGCACCAAAUAAAUUAUGCUUUAUUCUUUAAUGUCAUUGUCUACUUUUAACUAAGAUUUAAUAAAUCUUUUAAUUGCCUUAAAGACACAAUUACUGGUUCUAUGCACAAUUUAAAGUCAGCCUUACUGUUUUAUAAUUAUAUUUUCUUUGAAAGCAGGUAAUCACUAUGUUAUAAAGACAUUUUCCUAAUAGCACUAUUUUAUAUGCAUGAUUCAUAAAAUGAUAUUGUAUGUUAAAACAAAACUGUAUUUUUAAUACUAAGACAUAGAUGUAAUACUACUUCUGAAUAUUUAUAACUUAUGAAUAAAUAGACAGCAGAGUAGGAAGAAAGUUUCUUUUCUUUUUCAAGUUCACCUCUGAACUAGCAUGUAGAUCUACAAGUUUUCCCAAGAGGAAUUACAAGCAGAAUCAAGAAUUUAAAAAAAGUGCUUGUCAUCUGAUUUUCUCUGAACACACUGGCCUUUGAAGCUUUGUGAAUCCUACAUGAAGCACUCUGAAUUUAAUUUUUCUCCUUUAAAAAAAUGAACUUGAUUAAAUCUGUAUGAAUUUAUUUCUUUAAGUGAAUGAAAGUAUGAUUUGAAAUAAUAAAAUACUUUUAUAUCUUGAUUAGACAUUUGAAUAUUCAAAUACUACCUUUAAAUCGAUACUUUAUAAGCUCCCA